AGAUUACCGGCUUAAUUUGAAUCCCGAAUUCCGAAUACCCUUAGAAUUAUUUAUUCCAUACUCGCCUAGACACUUAUUCCCAGUUAUCAGGUUCCAUCUAUAUGGCACUAGUUGAACAGUGAUUAAGAAAUUACCCUUCCAGUGAAACAAAAGACCUCCCCUAGGCAGUUUCCUUACAUUAUGUCUCCUAUCAAGAAGGUUGCCAUAUUCGGUGCAGCGGGAAACUUCGGCACCCCCAUCACAGCCGCGCUUGUAAAAGCCGGCUUCGAUGUAACCAUCAUCACUCGUAUUGAAUCUACGUCAACCUUCCCGCAGGGAGUUCCCGUUAUCAGGACGGAAUACACAGUUGAUAAGUUAACGGCAGCGCUGUCAGGCCAGGACGCAGCAAUCUCCGUCAUCGGCCCUGCCGGUAUCUCAUUCCAGACGAUAUUGGUCGACGCUGCCGAAGCUGCGGGCGUUCAACGCUUCGUAUUAGACGACUUUGGAUGGGGUCCUGGCUUCAACAGUCUAUCUGAAUUUGGACCGAUUGGCGCUCAGAGGAAGGCCGCUUGGGAGCGUGCAGGGGAGCUUUCUCAAGCCAAUCUUAAGUUUACCUUUAGUGGAAUAGCUAUUGGCAAUCCGAUCGACUGGGCGCUCAAACGCUUCCCCUUAAUGGGAUUCGAUGUCCAAAAGCGCUCCGCGGUCAUCUACGAUGACGGUACCGAAGAAUUCACCGGGACAACACUAGAAGGCAUCGGACAGGCUGUCGUUGGCGUCUUAAAACAUCCAGAGCAGACCGCAAACCGGUUCCUCAAGGCGCGCUCGAUCCAAGUCAACCAGAACCAACUACUAGACGCCUUCCAAAAGGUCACGGGCCAAACAUGGGAAAUCCAACGUGGCAGUGCGAAAGACUUCCUCGAGAGCGGGAGGAGAAAGCACGAAGUGGGAGAUAAGGGUUGGAUAUUAGAGCUUCUCGUAUAUCAGCUUUAUGCGCCUGGAGACUCGCGCUGCAUCCUAGCGUCGAGGGAAGAUUCGGAUGCGGAUCUCCUUGAGAUUAGGGAGGAAACCCCUGAGGAUAUUGCCCGGAAAGUGAUGAGCUCUACUUAGAUCUGAACGUGGGGAAAUAGAAGAGGUCUUAUUAGUUCUGUCUUCUCUUUCAAGCGAGACAGUAGAUUGGUUUUUAGCGAGGACCAGGAUAAUUGGAUGUUUGGUGUAAGAGAAUGUCAUGAAAGCAUAUAUAAUAGUCACUCAGAACCUACAUUAAUUAAAGGCUUAUACGUGCU